AUGGCGGACACAGACAGGGGAACGCUGAAGAGGCCUGGAGACGAAGCGUUGGAGGAGAAGGCGGUGAAGAGGCAGCGAGAUCUGGAGGUGGAAGGAGAUCAAAACGACGACAUUUUGACUCUGCUGUUCAACGAACCCGACGAGACGCUCGACGAGGUGAUGAAGCUUCUGGACGUGGCGGACAACGGUGCUAGUUGCACUACUGGUGCGAAGGUGAGGUUCGUCAACGACCCGUACUCGCCGUCGUCGUACUUCACCGUCAACGGCAACGAGGAGAGCUGCGGGUCGUCGUUCUCGGAGCUGGAGUCGACGUGCAUGGUGGGGGUCGACAUAUGCGGUGGCGGGCUAGGCAUUGGAGCGGAGGUUAUGGGUUUGGAGUUCGAUAGGUGGUUGAUGGAGGAGGCGAAGGAGGAGAGCGGCGGCGCGUGUGGUGUAAUCGAGGAGGCGGCGCGUGGUGGCGGGUUGGGCAUGGAGGCGGAGUGGGAUGAUGCUGCGCUGGCGAGGUUCAUCGGGGAAGACCUAUUUUGA